UGUCUAACAGCAGAGGAGAGUUUUGCUGAAUGUUAAGUUCAGUACUGAGGGAUGCAGCUCUGUAGGUUACAACAUAAGUUGCCGAGGUGAGAACAUUUUUUUGCUGGGUGUUUCCUUUCAUCCCCGUAUGGGACUGUUGCCACUGCUCUCCUCCCCGGCAGGGAUACAACUAUUGUAACUUCACAUUACAGGCGGACGAGGUCCAUCUUUGAGCUGUUAAUUCUCCACAUUACGACUACUUUUACUCUGUGGUCGGAUACCACCAGAAGCAAACGUCAUUAACUAACUUCAAGUUACUUGAUCGGCGUCCUCUCGUUGGGUCCCGACGAGGAGGAUGGAGACGAGUCCCAUCCCGGUAUUGACGGUCCAAACCGCCCCCUUCGAUGACCAGCGGCCCGGUACCAACGGGCUGCGGAGGAAGACAUCGGUGUUCGAGGGGAAGAAGAACUACCUGCAGAACUACAUCCAGAGCUUGUUGUCCUCCAUUGACCUGCGGGACCGACAGGGCUGCACUAUGGUGGUGGGCAGCGACGGCCGCUACUUCAGCCGAGCUGCCACCGAGGUGAUAGUGCAGAUGGCAGCUGCCAAUGGGAUUGGUCGUCUGGUAAUCGGCCACAACGGCCUCCUGUCCACCCCUGCGGUUUCCUGCAUCAUCAGGAAGAUCAAGGCCAUUGGCGGGAUCAUCCUCACAGCUAGUCACAACCCUGGAGGCCCCGGCGGAGACUUUGGAAUCAAGUUCAAUGUGGCAAAUGGAGGCCCGUCUUCGGACACAGUGAUGGAGAGGAUCUGUCAGGUGAGCCGGACGCUCGAGGAGUAUGCGAUCUGCCCCGAUCUCCGCAUUGACCUGUCCAGGUUGGGAAGACAAGAAUUUGACCUGGAGAACAAGUUCAAACCUUUCAGAGUGGAGAUUGUAGACUCAGUUGAGGUGUAUCUACAACUUCUGAAAAACAUCUUUGACUUCACUGCCAUAAAAAGUCUUCUCACAGGACCAGAUCAGCUCAAGAUACACAUAGAUGCCAUGAGCGGAGUGAUGGGCCCCUAUGUACGUAGGAUCCUGUGUGAUGAGUUGGGAGCACCUGCUAACUGUGCUGUCAACUGUGUCCCUCUGGAGGACUUUGGUGGCCGACCUCCAGAGCCCAACCUGAUUUACGCCACCUCUCUGGUAGAGGCCAUGAAAGGAGGUGACUUUGGCUUUGGAGCUGCAUUUGAUGCAGAUGGGGACCGGUACAUGAUCCUCGGAGAAAACGGCUUCUUUGUGAACCCGUCAGACUCAGUGGCCAUCAUGGCUGCCAACCUCUCCUCCAUCCCUUACUUCAGACAGCUAGGAGUCAAGGGCUUCGCCAGGAGUAUGGCCACCAGCACCGCCCUCGACAGGGUAGCCAAAGCCAUGAAACUGGCGCUGUAUGAGACUCCCACAGGCUGGAGGUACUUUGGGAACCUGAUGGAUUCUGGUCGUUGUUCCCUCUGCGGGGAGGAGAGCUUUGGGACAGGUUCAGACCACAUUCGUGAGAAAGAUGGUUUGUGGUCGGUGUUGAUGUGGUUGUCCAUCAUGGCCGCCAGGAAACAAGGUGUUGAGCAGAUCGUCAAAGAACACUGGGCCAAGUUUGGACGUAACUACUUCUGCAGGUUUGACUAUGAAGGCCUGGACCCACGCGCAGCCUUUUACCUGAUGAGGGAUCUGGAGUCAGUACUCACAGACAAAGCAUUCACCAGCCAGAAGUUUGCCGUAGGAGACCACAUAUACAGCGUGGAGAGGGCCGACAACUUCGAAUACAUCGACCCCGUGGAUGGAACAGUCGCUCGAAACCAGGGUUUAAGGAUUGUCUUCACUGAUGCGUCCCGCCUGGUGUUUCGGAUGAGCGGGAGCGGUGGAGGGACGGGUGCCACCAUCCGCAUUUACGCAGAGAACUACGAGAGAGAUCCUGAGAGACACAACAGAGAGACACAGGUGGUGCUGGGUCCUCUCAUUGCCAUCGCUCUGAAGAUCUCCAACGUCCAUGAGAGGACAGGGCGCCGCGGCCCUAACGUCAUCACAUGAGCAACCAGGAAAACACACAAUCCCGUGCGCGCGCACACAUGCAUCUAACUACUCACACAGACAAAAAUACCUUUCCCUGUACGUAUGUGCCAUUUUUAAAAUCCUUUCUCUGUAGCUUCAUUCUCAUUUCUCUUUUUUCUCUAAAUGAUGACUAAACUGAUGGUUCUUAUUUCUCAAAAAGAAAGCAGAAUGUUCUCUCAAUUGUUUAUUGACCACUAUCAUCUGUAAGCUAACGAAAACCAGGGAGGCUAUUUAAUUAUUGUCAAGAAUAAAUAAUGAAAUAUAUGUAGACACCAAACAUAUGUUGAAUGUGCAGACUGACUGUUACUGUUUGUAGCUUGCAGUUAUCAAGACUUAUUAACUAAGGGAGCCGAAAAUCAUUUUUUAAUUGACCAUGCUGUUUUGUAUAACAGUGCCGUCACUUGUCAUAUAGCUUUUACCUGUCCUCUCAUAUAUGUCUUCUUUUUUUUUUCAACCUCUUCAUGCAGAAGUAAUCAAACAUUUGUCUAAGUGUAAAACAAAACAUCUCUGUGUUGCAUCACAAAUAAUACAUCAGAAAAAUUGAAUUGCAAUUAGUUUGUUUGAUAUGAAAUUAACGUGAAUAAAUAUCUUGCUCUAUGAAGUAGUGGGAGGUUGUCAGACUCGCUACCUAAGGACAGGGUAUUCAAAAUGCAAAACAACAACAUAGCAAGUGAGCCCACAGGUAAGAAAAAAGAAAAUAUAUAUUUAAGAUUUGUUUGCUAUCUGACUUUAUCUUUCAUUUUCAGUUUAUGCCUUUGGGAAUGCCGUAUAACCAUAUUUGAAUAUAUUAUUUCUUUUCUUUUUUUUAAUCCAAAUAAACUUUUUUUGUGUGUA